GCGGUCGGCGGCCUCGCUCGCCUGGUCGACGCUCUUCUCGGUGAUGGUCUUGAUGGUCCUCUGGACUACGCCGCCUUGAUCGGCAGCCAUCUGCUGGAAAGGCUGAAGAGCGUUCGAGGUCGCAUCUUGAAAGGUUUGGACAGUGUCCCGCUCGAAUUUGACCGACAUGGUGCUCGUUUCGCGGCGGCAGCGUCGCUGUUGUCGUCGCUAUGGAUGGUCGGGUCCGUGAUCGUGAUCGGAAAUCGGGGCGGUGGCAGCAACGACGGGAGCGGCGACCUGAAUUGCGGUUGCAAGAUCAAUCGACGUGCAGCUAUGCUCUCGUGGGGCAAGUCAGGGAUAAAACGUCGUCAUGAGACGGGCGGAGAGGGUCUGGCUGUCCAACGACGCGACGGCGGGAUGAUUAGCAGAUGCAAACGCUUUGGGCGGCGGAGAGGUUGGGGAGCAAUUGAGGCUGUCGUGGUGACAGGGCCCAGCCAAUGGAUUUGUUUACACGACGAGACACAAGGCCUUGAUGCGCUGAGUGGGCCGCCCAACCCCCCGGACAAGUCUGGAGCCCGCUGGCUUCUGCUGAUCCAAGUCUCGAGCUGCGCACGUCCAUGCAGGUGCAUACACUUGAGGACCUGCUGCCUCGGCAAAAGGGAAUUGAGAACUCCGCGCAUCGAUUCGGGGCCGUCCCCCUUGCCCAGAGACUGUGUCGCGUCGCCUGCUAGAGACUGGUUCCCGCAAGGAUAGCGUGGGAAGACGAAGAGCGGCCCUGAACCUGAGGGGAGAGCUGUGGCUGCGGGAGAGCUGACAGGGAAGACGAGGAACAGGCACAGCAACAGGCACAGCAACAGCAACAACAGAACCCGUGAUCCAACUUACCAAAACAAAGCAGCUUCGUCGCGAGAGCUCGUGUUGUCCUAGGAGGAAGACUGGACGCUCUGCUGGCAAUUUCUUUAUUUUUUUUUUUUCCUUUUUUCUGUCUUCUCAGCUAACCCCGGAAGGGAGAGAGGGC